AUGUCAAAUUUUGUACGCCAAACCUAUAAGUUAUUUGUGGGAAAUUUACCCUGGACCGUGGGACAAAAAGAAUUACAAACAUACUUCUCGAAAUUUGGCCAUGUCGCUAAUUCCGCUAUUGUAUAUGAUAAACAACAAGGAUUCUCUAAAGGAUAUGGCUUUGUGACCUUUAGCAGCAGUGAUGCCUAUAAUAGUGCCUGCAAUCAAAACAUACAUUUCCUAGAGGGGCGUGUACUUAGUGUUAAGGAGGCAAAUAAUAAUUAAGCUUUUUUAUAUUAUUUAAUAAAAUGGAAAUAAACACA